GUUGACCUAUGGAGUAUUUGAGUUAACAUAUGAGCCUCGUUUUCUUUUGCAAUGCUAGCUCUUUCGAUAACCGCCUUACUUCUUUACUUAUUGCUGUUGGCCCUGAUUGAAGUGGAAGUCUGGUUAGUCGAGUGUAUACGACAUUGCCUGCGUACAUGUAUAGAUACUUGUGGGACCAGUACCAGAGGUGUGGAGAGGACAGGGAACGCACCACAGGGCACCAGCGCUUUAAAGCAGGUGGCGUCAAUGUGCACAACAACGAACGUGGGAAGAGCCUUAUGUAACGAACAUGCGUAUUCGACAUUUACCUAGCAGUUUACAAUGAUAAACUUUGGUAUACGAAUGCGUCCACCGCCUGUAGGUAAGUGGUGUACGAAUCAUAUCUGACCAUGAGGAAACAACGAACAAUCCACCACUCUUGGGUCCAAAUGUCCCCUUUUCUAUCUCUGUUUCGAUGCACGGAAUUCGGAACUGAUGGUGGAGUACCGCCAACCAAAC